AUGCUGUCGUACAUGCUUCCGGUGGACGAAAAGCCGCCCCCGGGUCCCGGCAAGACCCACCUGCAGCUGACGUUGGGCUCGGAGCCCAUCGCCAACGGUAGGACUUCCACGCCGAUCAGCAAGGACACGAGCAUCAGCAGCUUCGCCAGCGACGCCACCACGGCGACGGCCAGCCACAGCUCCAUGACGACGCCCACCAGCACCAGCGAGAAGGGGAAGCCCAAGCUGAUCAUCAACGGCGGCAAGCACCAAACUCUUAAAAGGGUAUCGUUUGGUAGUUCAAAAGGAUCAAUGGUAGAAACCCUCAUUUUCGAGAGUCCGGUACAGGAGGAACCCGAAUCCAGUCCUAUCCUAGAAAAUGUAGUCCUCUUUCCAGCUGACCAGGAUCAAGCCGAAGCCGAUCGAGAAAAAGUCAGAGUAACCUUUUUUCAGCAAUCGAAGCCCCUAGAAGUCGACCUACCGGAUGAGCCUAUCUUCACUGAGACAGAUUUCAUGAUGGCGUCUCCAGUAACUAUGACAGAAACAAACCAUGUGGUUUACAACAGGACUGAAAGCAUCGAGAGCGGCUGGGACAACCCCUUCCGACCCGGGGGAGACCUGAGCCGGGAGGCGGACGAGAUCGUGGAACUGAUAAAAGGGGGCAAGCCCAUCACCCCCACCCCAGGUCAAGCGCCUCCUUUGCCCUCGCUGGACGAGGCCGACCACAACAACAUCUCGAACAACAUCCAGGAGUCCGUGCCCAUCACGGAAUCUCCCAAGAAGGCGACGACGCAACUCAACGCGUCAGCGCCCCCCAAGAGCGUCAACGGCACCGCAAAGAACGAUGCCAAGGUGAAGACGUCUCCCCCGGGUGCCGUCGAUAUCCAGAGGGGGACGGUGAAGCCCGCCGGAGACGCUCUACAGGCGGAGCACGUCACGAUAAAAAAGAAACCCAAGUGCAAGUGUUGUGUUAUACAGUAACUUUGGGUAGUCGAUAGGGUUUUGUUACUGUUAUAUAUUUUAUAUAGAUAAGUAGGUGUGGAAAGAUCGGGUUGAGCCAGGUUUAAGGAAGCGGUAUCUGUGAUAGGUUUUUUUAUCUCCAUUCGGACGUUGUGAUUGAGCUCGGAAUACUCAGAUGUUGGCUUUCGGAACGGGCCUUCCUGCAAAGUCGGAACUACGAUGUGUUCUACAAAACGUAGUACCUCAUAUUUACGUUAGAGGAAGCACCGUUGUUUUUAUACUCAAAUCCAAAUGAAAAAUCGAUUAGGUACUUUAAUAGUAUCCUGAAACUAAAAUUACCCGUUUGGGAAUGAGGUUUUGAUCUAGAAACGUUCCGUGGAUAUUUAACGGUAGUUUGUAAGACUGUUUUCGGAAAGAGGAACAUGUUUAGAAAAAACUAUGGAGGUAAAAGCAGAUUUUCGUGUGAUAACGCUACACAUACAGAUUAUGUAGUCACAAAAGACAUUUAUAAGAUAACGUUAAAGUUAUUUAUAGUGGUGCUGUUGUAUCGCUACUAUCCACAAAAUCCUUGUUUAUAUAUAACAUAGUUAGACAACCAGUCCAAGUUGGGAAUGAAAAUACUAGAUGGCGACUCUAGUAUGCCACACUGCCCUUAUAAAGCCAGUAAUUCAUGGUUUGUAUAAGCAUAACGGGGAUUUCAUGGAAAGUCGCCAUCUGGUGUCUUCCUUCCUAAUUUAGACUGAUUGUGUAACUAUAUUUAUAUAUAAACAAGGACAAUGGUAUUUAAUCAACUUCACUUAUUUAAAUUCUCACUUUGCAAACAUUUAAUCGCAGUGGUUACACAAUAGCUUAACUAUUGAUAUGCUGUAAUCAAGAAAUUCUCGACCAUUUGCAAAUAUAUUCUUUUUUUCUCUCGAAAACAGGCCAUUUAUCACACCACUUUUCGGGUACCUCUACGCACGCCAUUCGAAACGUUAUAAUUAUAUUUUUAUUAUCUUUUUACAUUUAUACAAAGAUAGUUUUCUAAUUAACCCUUUAUUUUUUUUAAUUUACUGUUUUUUUAUCGAUUUUUUAUAUGUCGUAUUCAUGUCCUUACGGUACGAAAGUACAAAUCUAAAUCAAAGAGCAAAGUAUAUUUUUGUCGAUAAAAAUCGCUUUAUCUCAGAUACUAUCUGUUGUAUAUUAUAAAUAUAAAAGUGAUAUAAUUGUCAACCCGAUCUUUUUUCCAUCGUAAUCGAGCUACAUGCUUAACAUGCUUUAACCAGUCACACAAAUACUAGAGCUACAAUUCUUUUUUUUUUUUUUUCUAUAUAUACUUUAAAAAACCAUAAAUCGAGUGCAUGUUAAAGAAUAAGUCAGUUGAAUCUCUUCUUAAACUAGGAAGAUCAAAAUUACUUGGACCUUUUACCAAAAAAUGCGAAAGGUUGUUCUGUUCUUGCGUAUAUUAUAAGAUGUUGUACAGAGACUUGAUAAUACAUUGUAUAUUUUCAAUGGACAUCACGGAAGUGUGGAAGAUGUACAAAUAGUUCCGCGCUCCUCCAUGUGCUAUUAGCAAUACGUAGUAUUCGGAGAAUAUUUUAUAUAUCAUAAAUCGGCAGGUGAGAGUGUACUUGUGAGCUUCAGCUUGUUGCUGUAGGGUAGCUAGAGUAGCAACUAUUUACAAGGAAGUGUUGUUUAUUUUCAAUUUCAGCAAAAAAAUCCAUCACCCUCAGAUCCAUAUAAUUUCGAACAUUUUACCAUUGAUUCAUAUGUGAUGUUUUUAAAAAUAAUUUUUUUCAACGUAUCUACAGCCUUGGCCAGAAAAAGUUCUCGACCUAAAACAUUUACUGUGGUCUAAGGUAUGAAAAUUAUAAAGCUUCGUUUUAUAAAAGGUUUAUAUCGGGGAAUUUUUAUUGUCCACGGCUGUACAUAGUUCAUAUUUUUUGGGAAAUAUUACCACUUUUAAAGCGUAGGUGUUUUUAAUUCACUAGAAUAGUACUUUACUAAUCAACGAGUAGCUUAAUUUAUCUAAUUUAGGUUUAGCGUUUUGUGUUAAUAACACAGGCCGACAAAAUUCAACUGACAUAAACCAGAAAGCCGCCUCCACUUUUCCAAAAGUUUUCUGGCGUUGAAUCCCAAUCCGAUUCCAGAACUGCUCCCUCACAUCAAAUUUUAGAGAUAUCCUCAGCUAAAAGUGCGAAAAACACGAUUGGUCACUAUAUUUGAGGUUAUGUUACAUCACGAGGUUGUUUUUCAACACAAAAGUCGUUGUGCCAUCUGCAACUACUACUCUUUUUUUUCAAAAUCCAUUUUGAAUUGUUCAGCAUUUUUUUGCCUCCAAGAAAUCGUUUGUUGAGUUGAUGUAUUCGUCAGUAAUCGGAAAUUACUGAAUAUUAACUUUCAAGGUCAGGUGAAGAAAAGGAGAGAAGAAUCAAAUUACCAACAGCCAAAUUCCUAAGGGUUCUGCAGGUUUUCAAAAUGACAUUUUUUUUGUAUUCCGUUCUUCACUAUCUGCCGUUUUGAAUUUUGUAGCAUGUACAUGAUUCGUAAUCAGCGACACCAAAAACCUGAACAACACGUGGGAAUUUACGCGAUUGUACAAACUUAGUUCUUCUUCUUCUCAUUUGAGUCUUCUGGUCCUACUUGCUAAAGUAAUAAAUUUCAAUAGACGAUUUAACGCAAACGAAAGAACACAUUCGAACCAUUUAAAACAGAAUUUGAAGGGAAAAAUAGACCUUUCAGAUGAUAUCGAGAGAAAAAUCACCUCGCAGUGUAACAUAACCUCAAAUAGUGCGAAAAUUCGUUUUUCGCUCUUUUAGGUUAGGAUCUAGAAAACCUGACAUGAUGAUGUAAUUCUGCGGUUAGAUUUGGAUUCAGCGCAGAACCUUCAUAACAGUACAGUGUGAUUUCUGGUUUAAAAUUUUAUCGGACUGUGCAACUGCAAUCUAUUAAUUUUUUUUAAAUUCAGAAUUGAAUGUAUUUUUUUUUCGACGCAUUUAAAAUUCUAUUUUAUUACGUUUGAAGUCGAUAUCUAACAAUAACUUACUGGUCUGAUUAUACUCGGAUCGUCUCUGAAUAUAAUCGGUUUCUUAAAUAUAUCAAAAUUAAUAAAUACACUAUUAUUAUUUUGAAUGGUAUGCCGAAGCAAUAAUACGCGUAUUUAAUUGUGACAUUUGACGUGUUUAAGGAAAUUCUCCAUGUAAGUUUUACUCAAAGUGGCAAUCUAGUCAAAAAUUUAUUUAUCGUGAAAAGUUUCACUUAUAUUUCUAAAAUAAUAUAAGUAAAACUGUUUGAUUUUUUUACA